GCAGUUUGUCCAAAUUUUAAAUUUUUCAACUGAAGGUGGCGUUGCAAUAUACACUUGAAUCUCUAUCGUUUCAUAUAAUAUUGGAUGUCCAAAUCGCAUUAUGUCCCACUUGAAAUGUGUUGUGAAAUUCACUUGGACAUGCAAAAUGCAUUUAGUCCAUCGACAUUAGACAAACAAAUAGCAUUUUGUCCGUGAGACGAACAAAACGCAUUCAGUCCAGCCGUAAACACGCUGUUUUUAUAACCUAACAGUUAGGUUACUGCUCUUAGUGUCGUUUCGGUUUAUUUUGCAGUAUUGUGUGUUUAGUUUGCAUCUUUUUCGCAACGUUUCAAUUACAAUGGAAUCUGCAGAUGGGGAGCAUAUUGUUGGUGAUUGUGACCGUGGUAGCCGGAAACGACAAGCAAAUUUAACAUCCAGGGAGAGAAAGAAGCAAGUCAGAUAUUCAAACCAUGAUCCUGAUUUACAACAAUUUAAUAUAGUUUGUAAUCAUAAGAAUAAUCCAAAACUGCAGUGUGGGCAAGUAGGGCGAGAUGAUAUACUUAAACUUCGGGAAGUUUUUUACAAAAAUCCCAAUAAAGUUAUUCAAGAUGGAAUAUUAGCCAGUAACAUUGAGUUGGAUAUCCCUAAACGAAAAAGAGCUCGCAAAUCUGAUGGAAAACCGCACUCCUUGUCUGCAAAAUAUCAUGUAUAUAUCAGUCGACAAAAAGUACAAAUUUGUCAAAAGUUUGUAAUGGCUGUAUACAACGUUUGUCAAAGGAGACUAAACACAAUUUGCAAGAAACUCCAGGCUGGGGAGGAAAUUAUAAAAGAAAAAAGAGGAGGCGAUAGACGAGCUUUUAAGUUUGUAGACAAAUUGGAUGCUGUAAAGUCGUUCAUUAGUCAAUUACAAGGAAAAGAGAGCCACUAUGGAAGACAGAAGUCUCGACGGAUCUACAUAUCUUCGGAGUACAACAUUUCUAUUCUUUGGCAGUUAUAUAACAAAAACUCACCAGAAGGUUUAAAAGUGAAUUACAAGUACUUCAGUCGGGUGUUCAGUAAAUAUUUCAAUAUUGGAUUCGGCAGUCCUGCUACUGAUGUUUGUAGCUAUUGUGUAAGAACACAAACCAAAAUAAGUAUGUCUCAAAGCUCUUCUGAAAAGCAGAAAAUAUCCACUGAACUGAAAGUACACAAAUUUCGUGCCACACAAUUCCAUAAGUUAAUGAAAACUGAAGUGCCUAAUACAGUUUCGUACUGCUUCGACUUACAGCAAGUUCAGGUAUUGCCAAAAGUACCUAUUCAAGAGGCAUUUUACGCUCAACAGCUGUCAAUAUAUUUUUUUUGCGUUACCAAACUCAAUUGUCAAGAACCAAUAUUUUACACGUGGAUGGAACACCAAGCAGGAAGGGGGGCUACUGAGACAUCAUCUGCCAUUAUUGAUUUUUUAAAAAGAACUGAAUUUCCUGAAGAUGCGACGAAGAUCCGUUUUUUUGCCGACGGCUGUGGGGGGCAAAACAAAAAUAGUCACGUCAUACAUGCUUUGAUGUUUUGGCUCCAUACGUCAGGCGAAAAAAUAAAGGAAAUAGAAAUUAUAUUUCCGAUCAGAGGUCACUCUUAUCUUCCUGCCGAUCGAAUCUUUGGACGCAUCGAAAAAAUAUUAAGGUCCCACAGUCUCAUAAAAACUCCAGACGCAUAUUGGGAAUUGUACACUAAAGUGGGCGAGGUACGAAAACUUGGGUCUGAUUGGAAUCUGCUUGAUGUAAAAAAUAUGCUGCAGUGGCUCAAAAAAGUGAAUGGCAUAAGUUCUUGCCAAUCUUUACUAAAACCACGCACACGAUUCGACCAGGUAGUCGUGCCAUGGCUACCUUUGGGACAUCAGAUAAAGAAAAAAAAAUAG